AUGUUGCAAUUUAUUUUGAUUUUGUUGAUUGGAUUGUCAAAUCUACCAAAGACAACUCCAUGUGCAGCUCAAUGGGAUCAGUGUGGUGGUAUUGGAUGGACUGGCCCAACAACUUGUUGUGCACCAUACGUAUGCACGUAUAGUAAUGAUUGGUACUCACAAUGCUUGCAAGGAUCAAGCUCUAGUAGUUCAGCCAAUCAAGGUUGCAGUGCUUUGUGGGGACAAUGUGCUGGUAUUGGAUGGACUGGUCCAACAACUUGUUGCGCACCAUACGUAUGCACGUAUAGUAAUGAUUGGUACUCACAAUGCUUGCAAGGACCAACACAACCACCAUCAUCAUCAAGCUCUAGUAGUUCAGCCAAUCUAGGUUGCAGUGCUUUGUGGGGACAAUGUGGUGGUAUUGGAUGGACUGGUCCAACAUGUUGUUCUCAAUCGAUAUGUGUCGUUACGAAUCAAUAUUAUUCUCAAUGUUUACAAUCAGGAACAUCAUCUGGUUCUUCAUCUGCUUCAAGUAGUACCAUUGGUACAGCAACAUUGUCUGUAGAUACAAGUCGUCAAGCCGGUGUUACUACUCGGUAUUGGGAUUGUUGUAAAGCAAGUUGUGCAUGGUCAGGUAAAGCUUCUGUGACAAGUCCAGUUAGAACAUGUGCACAAGAUGGUACUACAACUAUUACUGAUCCUAAUACUCAAUCAGGUUGUAAUGGUGGUUCAGCUUAUAUGUGUGUUAAUCAGCAACCAUGGAAUGUUAGUUCAACUCUUUCAUAUGGUUUUGCUGCUGCUCAUAUUGCUGGCCAAAGUGAAGCAGAUUGGUGUUGUGCUUGUUAUUCAUUGAUAUUUACAUCGGGACCCGUUGUUGGUAAAGAAUUAAUAGUUCAAGUAACAAAUACAGGUGGUGAUCUUGGUAAUAAUCAUUUUGAUCUUCAAAUGCCUGGUGGUGGAGUUGGUCUAUUCGAUGGAUGCUCAAGGCAAUUUCCUGGUUCAUAUUCAUGGGGUCAAACAUAUGGUGGUGUUAGUCAAAGAUCAAAUUGUUCUGGUUUACCAGCUGUUCUUCAAACAGGUUGUUAUUGGCGAUUUGAUUGGUUUAUGGGUGCUGAUAAUCCAACAAUGAGUUUCAAACAAGUAUCUUGUCCAGCUGAACUCACUAGCAAAACUCAAUGUAUCCGACAAUAA